AUGGGAGCUAAAACUUUACUUCAACAAACAAAAAAAACCCAAAAAAUUAAAACGAAGCAUUUUUUUAUGCAAAGCCCUAAUAAUUAUUUGCGAGCUUUUAGAGAAAAUAUAAUUUUAGAGAAUGAAACUUAUUGUUUUCAAAAUAAUCAUGUGUAUGUUGUGUAUGAAAAUGAUUUAGAUUCUAAUUGUGAUUACAAUCUAUAUAUAUUUCAUUCCACACGUGAAUAUCCUGCUACUUGCAUAGAUUGUACUGAUUUCACAGAAACAAUUCCUCCUAUUAUAAAUGAUGAAUUUCCUGAAGGAGAUUUCAGUCCAAAAUUAAGGGAUAUCAAACCACCAAUAUUUGCUGAACUAAUAAACAAAAAAAUAAACACUGAUGAAGAUGCUAAGUUAGCACUGAAUAAAUUUGCUAAACAACUGAUGGAAAAUCGACACGAAGAAAUCAAAGAUUCUUCAAACUAUAUUUUUUCCUUUAUUAUCAGUGAUUGUAAAUUUAAGGAUUUUAUUGAUAAAAUUCGAGAAACACAAGAAUUAGUUAUGCACCAUUCUAAUCUUCAUUU